CAGAGAAUUAGGGGAGACAACUCGGUGGGUCAAGGGUCAGGAGAUAAAUGAAUUUGUACCUUCAAAAGUGUAAUUUAUCUUGUGAGCUUGUCAUAUUUAUCUUGGAAAUAGAUUAGCAAUAUAGGUCGUUAUGUCGUCCCCAGCCGUUUGCACAACUUUUCGAUCAAUAAUAGGCCUACGGCGACAUCUACUCCGACAACUACGUCAGUCAACACGUGUGUCAGCUGUAACGAUGUCAUCAACAGGAGUAUCCGCACCCCCUCAAUGCCUCCUCAAACCCCUGGACUUUCCCCACAAAACUUUAAUGGGACCAGGUCCCUCUAACUGCCCACCCAGAAUAUUAGCAGCAUGCGCUCUCCCGAUGUUGGGUCAUCUUCAUCCAGAAUUCAUCAAGAUCAUGGAUGAAGUAAAAGAAGGUUUACAGUACGCUUUUCAAACUCAAAAUACCUGGACAUUUGUUGUAUCAGCAACAGGUCAUGGUGCUAUGGAAGCAGCUUGUGUUAAUUUACUGGAACCUGGUGAAGUAGCUCUCGUCUGUCAGAAUGGUAUCUGGGGUGAACGAUUUGCUGAAAUGGUCGACAGGAAUGGUUCUGUACCAGAGAAGUUGAUUCGACCAAUGGGACAAGUUUUUAAUCUAUCAGAAAUAGAAGAGGGUUUAAAGAAAUAUAAACCAUCUAUAUUAUUUAUUACUCAUGGUGAAUCUUCUGGUGCUACUGCUCAGCCAUUAGAAGGAUUGGGUGAUCUCUGUCAUAGGUAUAAUUGUUUGUUGUUAGUAGAUUCUGUAGCAGCAUUAGGUGGAGUACCAAUGUAUAUGGAUAAAUGGGGUAUUGAUGUUAUAUAUUCUGGAUCACAGAAAGUUUUAAGUUCACCACCAGGUACAAGUCCAAUAGCUUUCUCACCACAAGCCAGAGAAAAAGUAUUAAAUCGUAAAACAAAGGUUCGUUCAUAUUAUUUUGAUGCUGGUGAAUUGGCUAAUUAUUGGGGAUGUGAUGAGAAUCCUAGGAGAUAUCAUCAUACAGCACCUGUCAGUAGUAUUUACGCUCUUAGAGAAGGUUUAGCUAGACUCGUAGAAAUGGGUUUAGAAGCAAGCUGGAAGAAUAACAGAGAAUGUGCUGAACAAUUAUGGACUGGUGUAGAAAAGUUGGGUCUUGAACUUUGGGUUCCAAAUAAGGAAGAACGUAAUCCAUGUGUAACAGCCGUUAAAGUACCAGAAGGGGUCAACUGGAAGGAUGUCGCAGAUUACGCAAUGAAAAAUUAUCGUGUAGAAAUUUCUGGUGGUCUUGGUCAGUUAGCAGGAAAAGUGUGGAGAAUUGGUAUUAUGGGUUAUAAUGCAACACCCGAUAAUAUUCGCCUGGUUUUACGAGCUUUGGGAGAAGCUCUAGAAAAUGUCCGAAAGUGAAAUUUGAUUCAGGGAAACUUUUAGUGUAGAUUGAAACUAUAAUACUGUUUCUGUAUACCUCUGAUUAUUCCUUGAUUGUGACUGAUUCCUUCAUAUAAUCAAACACAUAAUGAUGGGUUGAUUGGCUGAGUGGUCUACUGCAUGUGUUAUAGAUUAUAAAUUAUGUAAUACAUGUAUUUGACAUGGAAAAAUAUUUGAUGCUCACAUAUAAAUUUUGUUUGUAUAGAAUUAAUAGUUAAAUGGCUUCCAGAGUUGAGUUCUAAUCCCCGGUUGUAUGUGACAAGGAGUAGGGUCGCCUGUCCAACCUUGUGGGUUUCCUCCCACUGCUAAAGACCCCUAAGCGCACGCGAAUUAUUAAAAUAACAUUAAACCAUAUGUUAGUCCCAAAAUGACCUAGUUUGUGUCGAGUGGAUGUUAAACCCCAUUUCUCUCUCUCUCUCCAGGGUUGAGUGCAUGCACUAGUUAGAUCAUAAAUGUUUUUUUAUAAACAAUAUUUUAUUGAUAAUGGGAAUGGGAAUAUGUUAUGCAUACAAGACAUGGCUUCAAUUCAAUCCUAACCCUAACCCUUGAUGCUUAAUUAUGGAUUUAUUUUGGAUUAAAACUAAAUUGUUUUUUCAAAUUUAGUUGAUUGUCUUGUUUAAUAAAAGAUGUGGAUAUCAUUUAUAUUUUUUGAACAAUCGCACCCAGACUAAAAGUUAUUCAUAUUUAUUAUUUAUCAUUGAAUUAAGAAAACAAGUGAUAUUCCUUGUAGAGAUUCAACUUUCAAAAUAUCGUAGUUUGGAUGGGGAUUACAAUCCGUUAAAUAACACUCAGAAAUUUUAAUUAGGUUGGUUUACCUCUGUUUUCUGUUAGAGGAAUAUCAGUAGCCCCAUUAAUAAAUAGACUCUGUAAUUUAAUAAUUUAGAUGAUUGUAUUUUGAAUUGGGAGGAAUCCAUGGUCGCCAUAGUAACUUGACAUUGAACACUGAAAUAUUUAAAUUUAACAUUUUUAAUGUAUUUAUCUUCCAAUUAAUGUCUUUUAAUAUAUCUAGACUAGACAGGCCUAAUAUUUCCGGGUAAAUUUUAUGGAAGACCUGGGGUAUUUCAUAUUCUCAGAAUGAUUUGGACUAUUUCUUGCAUUUCUUAUUCAGGACGAAUUUAUCUCUGGAAGCUGGAAGGUUCACAUGGGAGCAGGGCUUCCACUUCAGAAUUUGACUAUCAGUCAUUUUAAAUAACGUAAUGAAACAUCGCAAAUUAAAUUCAUUUUAAAAAAACAGGCUGUUUUUACAGUUUGUAGAAUGAAGGGACAGUUGAGUUUAAACCCAGGUAGAUUCACCCGGAAGAUAUUUAUGUAUUGUAAUUUGUAUAUGUUUUUAAGAUACCUGCUGCUCAAAAUAGGUUAAUUACAGGUACACAAAUAUCUAUUCAAUUUAAUAAUGAAAUCAAAUUUGGGAUUAUUCUUAUUUUUUUUGCAUCAAACAGGCCUAAAUUAAGAUGAAUGUAAUAAUGAGUUGAACUCAUCAUCAGCAUUUAUUUGAUAUUGUUUUGUUUUUUUACGUUUUCUGUAUACAUGUUGUGUUUUUUAUUAUAAUUUAUGUUAUCAGAUUGAUUUUGAGUGCUAUUUAUGAUUAUGGGGGGUUGGGUGGAAGAAUGGUUUUACCCAUGCAGGUUAGAUCAUAAAGUCUGUUAUUGAGUUAACUAGAGUGGUUUUGAUUCCCUGGUUGAACAAUCUCGUGGGUUUUCUCUGGGUCCUUCGGUUUCCUCCCACUGCUAAAGACCCCUACGCGCAAGAGAAUUAUUGAAAUAAAAUUAAACCAUAUGUUAGUCCCGAAAUGACCUAGUUAGGGUCGAGUGGAUGUUAAACACCCCAUAAUUGACAAGCCCUGUCUUUAGCCAGACAAAUUAUCUGGUGGUCGAUAUUAAGUAGAAUAAUACCCUGGUUCAACAGGAUUUUAAAGGUCAGUAUAAAGCAGGUUUAUGUCUAACUUUAUCUAUUUAAACAUCAAGGAAUGGUCGAUUCUAUAUAACUGAUAAACUUUAUUGUUUGCCUGGUGACAAAUAAUAAUAAUAAUCAAUUUGUAUAAGGCUGAGUGUUCCAGCUAACAAGCUGCUCCAUAAUAAUCAAUUUGUAUAAGGCUGGAUGCUCCAGCUAACUAGCUGCUCCAUAUUGUUUGUCUUAUGUGACCAAUAAUAAUAAUGAUGAUAAUCAAUUUGUAUAACACUGAGUGCUCCAGCUAACAAGCUGCUCUAUAAUCUUUAUUGUAUAAUAUAUAAUUGUUGAUUAUAAAUUGUGGGUGCUGAUUUAUAUAUUAUUGUAUAUAUUUGUUAAUUGUUGAAGAAGGCAAAUAAAGAAAUAUUUACUACUAAA